AUGGGACUUGUUGGACAUCUUCGGACUGACUGCGCCUCUCGAACUGCACCAACCAUCGUCCCCCCGCCCGCCUCUUCCUCCUCCUCUCCGCCGCCAACUAACUCUGACAAUUCUUCUGAUCCACCACUUCCAUCCUCCUCCUCCUCCUCCUCCUCCUCCUCCUCCUCGUCCACUACUCCAACGACGGCCGCUCAGGCGACUGUCCCGCGCGCAACAACCGACACUACCACCACCUCCCCCGACUCCAGCGAUGAGGAUCAGGACUACACCUGCCCUCAUUGCGACCGCAACUUCACCUCACACAUCGGCCUGGUCGGUCACUUGCGAAUCCAUCGCACAGAGACUGGCGAACCAGUGCCUGAAGCACCAACCUACAGACAUCGCACUCACCUCCACUGCCCACACAGCCCUCGCACCUUCAGGCAUCUCAUUGGCCUAUUUGGCCACAUGCGCAUCCACGAGAGCGGCCUUGACCGCACUCCCGACACACCCACCACAUCCAACACAUUCACCGUGCACACCCCCACCCUCGCUCCAUCCGUCUGCGCCACCACCACCACCACCGGCUCCUCUUUAGCUGACACUGACAUCGCCGACUUCUCAUGCCCACACUGUCCACGCACAUUCACCUCACGCAUCGGCCUGGUCGGUCACUUGCAAAUCCAUCGCACAGAGACUGGUGAACCAGUGCCUGGAGCACCCACCUAUACCCACCAAGCUCGUCUCAACUGCCCACAUUGUUCUCGCACUUUCAGGCAUCGCAUGAGCCUAUUCGGCCACAUGCGCAUCCACAACGACCUGCGGUAG